CGACUUUAUCCGUCUGGCUUUACUCUGUUGUGGAAGCCAUUUUGGGAUUCUCCUAGUAUUAAUUGUGAGCCAAGCUCGUAACUUCUGUCUAUUCCCACGAAGCUCGCGGGUUUCGUAUCUGGUGUUUGGACACACGGUUGUUUCUGUUUUUAUUUGUAUAUGUCCGUCGAGAUGCGGCGCACGUUUUGCGCAUCCUUGAACUGGAUUGUCUUUUCUGAACUGGGCUACCUUCAAAACAACAAGAGACCGUAGAAACUGAUGGCCAAACUGCGUGCUCAGCGAAUUACCAUGGAUUUUUCCCAUCUGCACACGUAUACUCCUCCUCAGUGUACUCCGGAUAACACGGGAUAUACCUAUUCACUCAGCUCAAGUUACUCGACCGCAGCCCUUGAGUUUGAGAAGGAGCAUCAAAUCAAUCCCGUGUACGACUCGCCCAGAAUGUCUCGCCGUAGUUUGAGGCUACAGACCAGCAGUGGUUUUUAUGGUGACAACAGCCUCACUGAGUGCACAGGCAUUCACAGUGUCGGCUCCUACAAGCAGACCAGCACCAGCACCGCCACCAGCAGCAGCAGCGUCAGCAGGUCUGUGCGGAGCAGGAGGCAGCAGCAGGGCUCAUCCGUGUACGAAUCUGAGAGCGUGUCUCAGAGCGUGACUCAGACUCCUCAGAAAGACCAGACCCUGUCAGACCUGAGUUUCACCAGUACAGCCAGUGAUGCAUCUCUGAUCUCCAGCCUGCUGGAUCAGUCCACUCUCAGAGAGAGCUCCAGGACACACACAUAUUCUGCACAGAGAAGAAGAACUGCUCACAGCUCUCUGUUGGAGAAUGGAGACACCAGUAAAACAGAGGUGCACACUAAUCUGGCUAACGGCUAUAUUUGUAAGGACUGCUCGUUCCACGCAGACGGGAAGGAGGAUGAAAUGGCAUGUUCCUUACCGUACUCGACAUCUGUAUCUUCAGCGUAUCAGACAGCUGCAGACGCCACUAUGACCACUUCUCUGAACAGUGUUGGCAAGACAGCUCAUGACAGCUACUGUGGCAGUGUGAACGUGCGAGAUCUGGUGACCACAGACAGCCAUCUCAAUCUCAGCGGCUCACUCUGUGAUGACUGUAAAGGAAAACAGCACAUGGAAAUGCACACGGAGCACAAUUCCUACACCCACCAUGUAUACGCAGCCUUGUGGGCCCUUGUUUCUUACACAGGUUAUGGGCUUCUGCGGGUUUGCCGAGGUUUCGGCUCGGCCGGUGUGUUUGUGGCCCGGAAGCUGAAGUCCGUUCUGUGGUUGGCAGUGUGUUCUCCAGGGAAAGCAGCAACUGGCGCCUUCUGGUGGCUGGGAACAGGAUGGUAUCAGCUGGUCACGCUCAUGUCUCUGAUCAAUGUCUUUCUUCUCACCAGGUGUCUGCCCAAACUACUGAAGCUCCUUCUGUUUCUGCUACCCUUACUGCUGCUGUUCGGAUUAUGGUACCUCGGUCCGCCCAUCGCUCUGUCCUUCCUUCCAGCUGUAAACCUCACAGAGUGGAAAACAGCAGUCACUUCUUUCCCAUCACUUCCUCCACUCCCUUCUCUCCCAUCUCUUCCCUCUUUCCCCGCAUUACCUUCUUUCACUAAAGAACCACUGGCUGACGAACAACACAUCUCACCCCCGGUGAUCUCACAGGCUGCGUCAGAGUCCAUUAACAGCGAGCGUUUGGCUCAGCUGGAGCAGCGUGUGGCGGCGCUGUGGGAAAGCAUCCUGCAGGGGGAGCUGAAGGCUAAACAGCAGCAUGAGGAGGCCGUUGGUUUGGUUCAGGCCCUUGAGGAUCAGAUAAACACACAGACAGACCGAGAGAGUCUCAGCCUGUGGGUUUCUCAGCUCUUGGAGCCCAAGUUCACUGCGCUCAAGGGACAGAUGGAGAGAGUAGCGGUUAACAGGGCGGAGACUGAGGAACAGCAUGUGCAGCAUCAGACGAGUCUUGAAGCUCGACUAGCCGAGCUGAAGCUCCUGCUGAAGAACCUGAACUCUAGAACUGAGGAAAUCCAUCUAACACAGCAGACUCCAGUACAGGCUCCUGUCAGUGUUGGAGUCACUCAGGAGAAGCAUGAUGCUUUGCUCACUGAGGUUCAGAGGCUGGAAGCAGAGCUGGACCGCAUCAGAGGAGACCUGCAAGGAGUGAUGGGAUGUAAAGGGAAGUGUGACCGACUCGAUACCAUACAUGAAACCGUGUCAGCGCAGGUGAAGGAACAGUUGUAUGCUCUGUUGUACGGUCGUGACGGAGGUGAAGCAGAAAUUCCCGAGCCGCUACUGCCGUGGCUGGCAUCUCAGUACACACGCUCCUCUGACCUCACCGCGACCCUCAUGACCCUGGAGCGCAGCAUUCUGGGAAAUCUGUCCCUGCAGCUGCAGGAGAGCAAACAGCAUCAGUUCUCGGCUGAAACGGUUACUCAGACCGUCGCCCACACCGCCGGGGCUGCUGGGAUGUCAGAGGAGCAAGUCCAGCUGAUCGUCCAGCAUGCGCUGAAGCUGUACUCUGAGGAUCGCACCGGACAGGUGGACUACGCUCUGGAGUCUGGAGGUGGCAGUAUCCUCAGCACACGCUGUUCUGAGACGUACGAGACUAAAACAGCACUGAUGAGCCUGUUUGGAAUCCCGCUGUGGUACUUCUCACAGUCGCCACGAGUCGUCAUCCAGCCGGACAUGUACCCAGGGAACUGCUGGGCGUUUAAAGGCUCCCAAGGUUAUCUGGUGAUCAGGCUCUCUUUAAGCGUGAUCCCUACCUCCUUCUGCCUGGAGCAUAUUCCCAAAAGCCUCUCUCCUUCUGGAAACAUCAGCAGCGCACCACGCCGAUUCUCUGUCUAUGGAUUGAAUGAUGAAUACCAGGAGGAAGGGAAACUGCUGGGUGACUACACCUAUGAAGAAGAUGGAUCAUCACUCCAGAUCUUUCCAGUUAUGGAGAAGAGCGACCAGGCCUUUCAGAUCAUUGAGAUGCGAGUGCUGUCGAACUGGGGUCAUCCCGAAUACACCUGCCUGUAUCGCUUCAGAGUUCACGGCAAACCUCACACUCCGUAAUCAGGCCCGCUGUACAUUACUAUAUAACCCUUUAUGUACAUACAGGAAACACUCGGUCUUUGACUCAGCACGGAUGAGACUGGGCUUGCUAGACACAUUUUUAAGACUCUAAUACGAAACAGAGUUACAAGGAGCACAGCGGGAAGGAUUCCCACUCAUUUCCUUCGCGAGUCCCUGUUCUUGCACUGAUUCAUGCCCUUGCGGCUGGGCCCUGUGUUACGCUUCUGCCCCAUACGCUCUCACCCGUAGAGGUAUCUGUGCCUUCAGACAGAACACGCUUCUCUCAUUCUGUGUACAUUGUUUUUCCUUUGUUUUCUGAAUGUACAGAGAGGAGUGAAGUCCAGCGGUCACUGCCGCUUUGAGGUGGCCGUCUGCUAUAAGAGGGAAUAUUUGUGAGUUUAUAAAACCUUUACAACCACUAAACCAGUUAAGCUCACCAAACCCAAUGAGGAUAUGUCUGGGUCAUGUUUUACCUCAAACCAUUUACUGAAUGAAUCCUACUUUAGGGCUACUAAGACUUUUUUUGCAUUGUGACAUUAUUAUUUUCUUCAAAAAUAAGCAUUUUUCCUUAAAAAAAAGAGGCUAAUUAAGAUGAGCUUUCUCUUUACUGUAAUGCAAAACAUAUGUAUUAUUUAAACCGUUUUAACUUUUUUAACAUUGUGAUUGCAUUUGUUCUACUACUUCUUAAAUUUGACUCAUUUGAGUGUUUUUUUGUUUUAUUUUAAUACAUUUAAAAUAUAUAUUGUAAUACAGAAACUUUGCAAUAUUAUUGAGAGUGGAAGUACAUUAAUAGUUUUAAAAAUAUCUAUAUUACUAUAAUAUAUAUUAUUAUUUAUAUAUUUUUUAAAGGGUGGAAUAUGACCCAGGCAAGUUUUCACCCAACAGACACUUCAUUUCAUGCUUUUUUUACAUUAAGAAAUAAACUCAUAACAGCCAUAAAUUGCAGGAGACACUGGUUUGACCUCAGAUGGUUUCUCCAGAGAAAGGAAUGGAUGUUUAUGGACUGUAUGUGAGCAUGUGGACUAAUAUGUGAAAACUGGACAUAAAACACUCACUUGUUUGUUUCUCUCGUCAGGAGUCAUAUCACAGUCAUGAUUCGCUGCAGGAAUGUAACUUAUUGUAAUUAGACCUUUUUAAUCGACUUAUAUCAGUGUUUAUUUUACAUAAAGGGGUUUGCCCCGUCAUCAUCUUUUUCCUUUUUUUUGUGUUUUUAAGCAUUUUAGUUAAAGUAGACAAUGCCGUUAUGUCUUUAUAAAGUAAAUGUAAGUUGCACAAGUCCUGUGUGAUUCAUUGGAUAUGUUUGGAAAAGUCGGGUUCGUUUAUUGAACCGUGUCGUCAACGCUGUGUUGACCUAAAAGAGUCUGUUUGUAAAAUACUAUGGAUUUGUUCAUGACUAUUUAUUUUAUGGAAAUUUAGCUAAGAGAUGGCACUUUGUGCAGUGUGUUUUUGUAAAAAUGCUUUUCGAUGCAUAUUGGCCUGUUUAUAUUUAGUUCUUUUUUUGUUGUUGUUGUUGUUGUUAUAAAAUGGCUACAGUACUAUGAAUUGUGCCAGUAAAGAAUUUUAAUUUUGA